GUGCCUCCAAUUCUCCCCGGCUCUCCGAGGGAAAAAUGGCACUUCUCCAGCGCAUUUCUUCCCCGGCAAGUUGAAACCUGAUGUCACUGUGGUGUGGAUGCAGAAGAGAGUCUACGCUAUGUCGAGAAGCUUAAAUGUGCUGGUGGGACAUGGAAGACAUGGAAGUGGGGCUGGCUUGGAGGCAAGAGGAAGUGUGGAAUUCCAAGUUUAAUGAGAGGGCUCCCGGACGCCGAACCCCGCGGCCCGGGGCGCUGCCAUAGCAACGGGAGGGACCAGCAGGGCCUAACUUGCCAACGCCGCCUGUCUCUGCGGCUGGGAGCCAGGGGACCACCACGACGACGGCGAGGAAGAGGAGGGGAGGAGAAGGCGGACCCCAGACCCCAGCUCCAUCCUGCGCGCCCAUGCCGUUUCAGAAGCACGUUUACUUCCCAUUGGCCGUCGGGGCGGAGGCCGCAGAGGGGAUGGCAGCGGGGCUCGGGCCCGCUCUCGCUCCCGGCCCGGGCCCCGUCCCCUUCUUCCAGUUCCGACCCCGGCAGGAGAGCGUGGACUGGAGGCGGCUCGGCGCCAUCGACGUGGACAAGGUGGCCGGCGAGCUGGACUUCCUCACCUUGCAGGAGAACAUGGCCAACAUCACCUUCUGCAAGCUGGAGGACGAGAAGUGCCCCCACUGCCAGGCCGGGCUGGACCCCGUGCUGCUGAAGCUGAUCCGGCUGGCACAGCUGACCAUCGAGUACCUGCUGCAUUCCCAGGAGUUCCUCACCACCCAGCUGCAGGGCCUGGAGCAGCGGCUGCGCCGCAGCCUCGCCGACGGCGAGCAGGGCAAGAGGGCCCUGGCCAAACAAGCCGCCGACAUCAAGCUCCUCAAGGACGAGUGCCGGCGCCGCAAAAAGCUCAUCUCCACCCAGCAGCUGAUGAUCGAGGCCAAGGCCAGCUAUCACCAGUGCCAUUUUUGUGAAAAGGCUUUUAUGAACCAAGCUUUUCUCCAGAGUCAUAUUCAGCGACGACAUCCUGAAGAUAUUCACAUAGCAGACUUAAAGAAGAAGGCCCAGACAGAAAAAUUGCAAAAUGAGAUUGAUGUGUUGAAAGAACAACUACAACUCACUAAAUCUCAGUUAGAGGCUGAGCAACAAGCUCACAUGGUCAAAUUUUCUAAGGAGUAUGAGAUCCAGAAAACAAGAGAAGAAGAAAUUCUGAAAUCAUUUGAUAAAUGGAAAGAGGAAGAAAAAGAGAAGCUUGUAGAUGAAAUGGAAAAAGUUAAAGGGAUGUUUAUGAAAGAGUUCCAAGAAUUAACAACAAAGAAUUCAGAAUUAGAAAAUCAAUUAUUAGAGAUACAGAGGUCCAAUAUGCAAGUAAAAUCCAAUAUAGGGACGCUUAAAGAUGCCCAAGAGUUUAAUGAAGAUAGACCUCAGUGUUCUCAGGACUUUCAAUAUAUGCUGCAACUUCUUGACAAUCAGGAAAUCAAGUGGAAUUCUAGAGUACAAGCCCUUCAUGAAGAACAUAAAAAAGAAAAGGGCCAGCUCCUGUCACAUAUAGAAAAACUCCAAGCAUCAACAAUAGUAGACCUAAAUGCGAGCAAUGUUUUCUAUAAGAAAAGGAUAGAGGAACUAGGGCAGAGACUUCAAGAACAAAAUGAAUUGAUUAUUACUCAGAAAAAACAGAUUAAGGCAUUUUCCAGUAAGCCAUUAAAAAGCAACAGAGGACAGAAUGUAAGUCUUUCAACGUGGCAAACUUCAGAAGCCAAAUCGAGUACACCAACCUUGCACAUUAAUGCCCCAGCACCUCAGGCUUUGGACCCAAAAUCCAGUCCAACAGUACCUGUAGAACAGGCAUUUUCGUCGCACAUACUGGAACCAAUAGAGGAACUUUCAGAGGAGGAAAAAGGGAAAGAGAAUGAAUUGAAAUUAAAUAACAGUAAACUGCAUUUAAUAAAUGCUUUGAAGACUAAUCCUUCCCUAACUAAGGAAUUACGUACCGUUUUAGAACAGACGUUGGUAGAGAAACUGGAAUCCUUGGGAAUUAAAGCAGGGGUACGUGGAAUUCCAAGCGACAUCUUGAAUCGUGUGUUAGUAUCUGUGGAAUCUGCAAGAGAAGAGAGGGAAAAGCAAGUACCUAACAUUCAGCAAAUUCGAGAACACCUUGAACAUCAAGUGAGCUGUAAGAUUGAGGAGAGAGCAUCACUGUCUUCAAAUAGAUCUGUUUCCACUUCUCAUAUCAAUUCUGCAGAUAUAAGGAGGGUGUCACAGUUGGAAACUACUUCACCUUUAGAAUGGCCAAAACUGACAAAGCAGUCUUUGAAAAUCAAAUGCUCGAUGAAACAAAGACCUGUUGUUACUGAGAGGACGUCAACACCAAAAACCAGGAAAAAUACGUUAGGAGAUGACUUUCCAAAAAAAUCUUCUAGUGUUACGACCCCUCCAUUUAGCUCAGAGGAGGAGUUUGAUGAAGAAAUGAUUGUCCAGUCGUAUGUGUACCCCGAAUUACUUCAGCAGCCAUCAUCUAAAACUGUGGUGAAUAACUUUGGAAAGGACAUUAACAAAAGUGAUUCUGAUUGGACUGAAGAAAGUGAAAUUGAAGAGCUUGAAGCACCGUCCAAGCCUCCAAGAAGCAUGAGCAUCAGAAAGUUAACUGAAAAGGUUGAAAAGACAUUGUCAAGUCAUGGAAGUUUGAAUAAGGCAAUUGGUGGGAUUAAUGUUACUCAGGCAUUUAUGAAAAAGGAAGUAAUAGACGACAAAGAGGAGUUAAAGUUUGCAGAUGUGAAUGAUGAUGAUUGGGAUAUAUCAUCUUUGGAAGAAGAAAAAUCUUUGGGAAAAGCAGUUGGAAAAGAUCGGAGUGGAUCAGUCCCUACCAAAGAUGAAGCGGAUAAUCCCCAUGUUACCAAGGCGUGGGGGUCCCACACUCCAAAGGAGCCAAAGGGUGAAGGACUUCAUGAAGCUGAUACAGUAAGCACGUUAAAGAGCAGCGUGGUGACUGUAACAGACUGGAGUGACUCUUCGGAUAUGUAACUGUCAGAUCCCAAUUUUCUGGUGAAGUAGCCAGGCUCCGGUAAAGAGUCUAGUCCAACUCAUGUUCUUUACAGUAUUUCGCACAAAAAGGGUUAUUCAGAGAAAGAGUAACUUGAAGCGCAUUUAAGAAUAGUUACCGAGACAAACAGUAUUUGAAGCAACUUGUUGGCUUUCCCAUAAAUUGUUUUCUUCUGAAAGGUACUUGUGGUUUUAUUUUCACCAAACAAUUUUUAAAAUGCUUUUUUGUUGUUGCCUUUGUUUUUAGCCUUGGGUGUAUUUUGUCUUUUAAAUAACACAAUUUAAUGUGAUUUAAAUUAUUAUAUGCUUUGUUAUACUCAGUGCUGUAGUUCAGAAUACAAUUUUGGUGAUAGUCCUUAAAAAUAAACACCAAAAGAAUGUGACUUGAAAUAAUAAACUGAUUAUUUUUAUAUGUAAACUUGAACACCUUCAAAAAACAUAGCUAGACAUAACCAUAGGCUUGGUUAAUAGAAUGCAGCCAAAGCCCAUAUGUAAGUAUCUCUGAAACAUGAAAUCAUGCUUCCAGAUUAGCACGAUUAUUUUCAUACCUCUAAAUUAUUGCCACACCUGUAUUUAAUUUGGACAUGACAAAACUACAAUUUUUAUAUCACGGAUUAAGUU